AUGGGGGAGGGGGGGCGGGAGGAAACCCCUGAGCUUCCGGGUUACGUUGCCAGUUUUCCCGCCAUGUCGUUCUUUGCUAGCGGGAGCCGCUCGAUUCGCCACCGCCGAGUCGGGCCUCCGGCCAGCCUGGUCCUCCCUGCCUACGCCUCCCCCUCCCAGGUUGGGGGUAGCUGGGGGGAAGGAGAGGAUGACUACGAGGAAGAAGGGAUAAACGAAGUGGUCCGGGAUCUCCGAGCCGAGCUCUCGGCCGACACGCCGCCGCCUCAGCCCCAUAAACACAAUGGGGUCACCCCGAGGGUACCUGAGGCCGCCCGAGCUCCCCGGGGCCGGCGGUGGCCGGUGCAGAUCCUCUCGGUGGUCUGUUCUCUUCUCUUCGCCGCCCUUCUUGCUUUCCUCCUAGCUAUCAUCUACAUGAUCGUGAAAGAAUUGCAUGCUGAGAAUUUGAAGACUGAAGAUGGUGUAGAGACUGGUUUAUUAGGAUUCUGGACUUUGUUUGUUAUAUCCUUAACAGCAGGAUUCUCAUGUUGCAGUUUUUCUUGGACAGUGACUUAUUUUGAUUCUUUUGAACCUGGAAUGUUUCCUCCUACUCCUCUUUCACCAGCAAAGUUCAAGAGAUUGACAGGUCAUUCCUUCCACAUGGGCUACAGCAUGGCAAUUUUGAAUGGCAUUGUGGCUGCUCUCACAGUAGCAUGGUGCCUCAUGUGAAUCCACAUUGGUUCCCUGGCAAAAUCAUUUUCUACCGAAUGCAGAACAUCUGAUUCAUGUUUUUUUAAUAACAUAGAAGAGUAUCAUUUCCCAUUUUAAAAGACAGGAUUAUCUACUAUUCAUUGAAUGCUUCAAAUUCAUCAUCAUUAACAACAAACCACCACCCUGUUGAGGUAUUCUGUGUAGGUCACUGUCCUAGAUAAGGAGAAUCUCCAGCUUUUAAAGUUUCAGGUGCUUUCAUAUGGAAUUUGAGAGUUUUACCUCAUUUUUUAACAUUUGUAUGUUUAUAUGUUUUGUUUUGUUUUUUUUAAAAGAAAGUAAUCCUAAAACUUGAAUGCAGGUCCUAAACUUGACAGUAUGCUUCUAUAUAAGUAUACUGCCCUUCCAUUAAGAAACAUCAGAAUUACUGAAAUAGUAGAAUUGUAAUUCUGAUUUUUAUAUUAUAUUAAGUUAGUGUUAUUAGAUUAGUAAAGGAAACACAUGCUUCCUACUUUUACAUUUCAUAGUUAAAAAUUGUUGGUGACUUGUACAAUCAGAAUUUUUAGACUUUGAAUUAUUCAUUCACUAAGAAUUAUAUUUAUAGAUAUUUUUCUAUUUUAGUAUGCAUUUUAUAGUGCUUUUUGUAUUUUUAAAUUUUAUUUUGAAUUCUUUUAACAUCAGUGCCAAUUUAAGAGAUUUUCAAAGUUAAAAAGUAAUUUUAGAAUGUCAUUAAUUGGUUUGUAUCUAGUUCCUUACUCUCAUUGCACAUUGUUUUGCUUUUGGUUUUGUUUUUUUAAAGGAAAAAAAAACACACUACAACACUAGAUUUUUAAUCAUAUUUUUAUAAAAAUAACUUGUUUUAUUUAUUAUAAGAAUUGAUUUAAAAAGUAAACAUUGAGAUUAGAAAAUCACCUCAAUUCUAGACUAUGGAAUUUGAAAUAAGUUCUUCUUUCUAACACCAAAAUUAGAUUAGGAAAGCUUGUGAUGUCAAUCUACUUGCAUAAGAUAAGCAAGAAUACAAAAUUUUCAUCACAUUUCCCCAAUUUUGGUUAAAUAUUUUGCUAUGUAAAGUGAUUUAAUGAAUAAGUUUUCUAAUAGCAUGGAAUUUGUGUGUGUGUGUGUUUAGUGUCUUUAAAAAGCAAAAAAUUACGAUGGCUGCUGUAAGGUAAACAAAAUAAUGUGGAGUACUUUCACAGAUUAAUGGGGUCUGGAAUGUAUAUUUAAAUCAAUGAGGAUUAAGUAUUUAACAGUUGUUUUAGUGAUUAACUGCUCAAAUUCUUAAGGAUAUUUACAUCUUAUUGUGAAUGACUCUAUUCGGAAUAAAUGCUAAGAUCACCUCUUUGAACAUAAAUAUUGCCAAAAGCUUUCAUACCACUUAGCAGUCCCUUCUAGUCUGGUGCUAACGUGGUAUUUCCUUUCACUAGGAUACCAACACAUUACAUCAGAAAUUCUGAUGGUCAUCAUUCUUUGUGACAAAGAAUGAUAUAUCUAGGAAAUUUUGUUUAAUGAUGUGGUUGGCCCAUGGUCUGUCUUCCCUUUUUUUCUGGUUUGACCUAGCUUGAUGUGAAAACCAUCAGUAUUGUCUCACUACAUCUCUUUGGAAAGGCACAUAGAUGAUGCUCUUUGUGGCCAUAACCAAGAAAUGGACUCAUUGAUCUCAAAGUGCUUUGAAGCUUACUAAAAAUCUGUUCUGUUUUUAAUCUAUAUGCUACUUCAUAAGGAAUUGGUCUUUAAAUCAGAAAAAAAGAAUUUUAAUUGUCUCUUACUGAUCUGUUAUUCUUUGAAAAUGUUGUUCUUGUUAGACAAAUUAUGUAGCAACACAUGCAGUACUGCUAGUAUGUAUCAGGAAUAUAAAUCCAUUUCUACAGAUUUUUUUGUGGCAUUAAAUAAGGUAAAGACAUAUUUGUUAGAUUUCAGAGGUACUUUGCUCCCUAAGAGCAAUAUCACUUCCAACUGAGACGAUCACUGUUAAACCUUCCAAAGGAGCUCUUACCUCUUAAGAAGUUAUGAACAUUUCAGCAAUAAGUACGUAUAAAGAAUGCUAAUAACAAUAAUAACACAUUUAUAUAGUGCUUUAAGGUUUGAAAAAUGCAUUACAAAUAUCUCAUUUUAACCUCA